CACAAAACAAGAAAAUAGUCAAACGUCACGUAAACUUACACCUCACCUUCCACCCCAGCAAUCUCAACCGCGCCUGUGGAUUCUUCAUGUUCUCUUCUGUUUUCUCGCCCAGGGCCUCGCAGCUGUUCACAGACCCCCGCUGGGAACUGCGGUUGGCCGCGCCGGGCCGGCGCUGGCAGACGCACCAGCAGAAACACCACCACCAGCAUCACCACCACCAGCACCACAAUGUCCACGGCGCUGCCGAAUGAAGUGUAUCUGGUUGUCUUUGGCCAUGUUAACGCCACACCAAGUCUGGCGGCCGUCUGCCGCGUUUCCAAGUACUUCCACGCCCUGUGCACUCCGAUUCUCUAUCGCGAUGUCUACGUGCAACACAUCACGCUCCGGGUGCUGCGAAUCCUCUCGCAGCUGCCGGUUAAAUCCCGCCUGUGCUAUACGAGACACUUGACGUUGGGUCGGUACAUGCAGAUUAGUGAGAAUGAGAGUGCUGAAACCACACACGCGGUCUUUGUGAUGCUCGCCAAGAUGCAGGGCCUUCGGUCAAUCGAGAUAUCCGUGGAGCUGAGCAAUUGUAUUGCUUCGGCCACCUACUCGGCGAAAAAGCGAUUCGGCGAUGCUCCUGACCUCCCCGCGAUGCUUGUUGAACGCUGCCCACGGCUGCGCCAUGCCUCCUUUCACCCGUGGUUGUACGACACCAAGGUCCCGCGCUUCCGGAACCUGCGGACGCUGAACAUCGCUCAUAUACCGGACUACUCGCCUACCUUGAUUGGCGACCUGUUUCUGCGAGAAUAGCCCACACCACCGGGCUCAUCUUGCACAGCUUGUCGCGGCGUACGAGGAAGAGGCACGGGAGCAUGGCCUCCCGGCCCUUCGGAUC